AUGUUCCCUGCCCCCGGCGGCCCCGGGGAGCCCUGGCAGCCGCUGCCCUCGCUCUGGAGGCUGGUGGAGGAGCAGGUGGUGCCCGGCGAGAAGCCCGAGGUGAAGAGCAUCGUGGGGGCGGACGUGGUGGAGCGCAGCUUGGAGCUGCACGCGGAGGUGGAGACCCUGGUGGAGCUGUGGCGGGAGGAGCGCUCGGCCUGCACCGGGCUGGAUCAGUGCCCCCCGCAGGGGGCCGGGGGCUGGGCUCUCCUGACGGCCCCCCCCACACCUCAAGGAGCUGGUACCUGGGCUGGGGGGGUCCUGCCACGAACCCCCAGGAUCGUGCCCUGCCCCCCGCUUGGGAACAGUGUCUGGGAGGAACCUUCAGUGCGCCAGACCCCCAGGGGACCCCGUUCUGCCUCCAGGGCCAGCACCACCGCCUCCGAGACAGCUCUGGGCCCCCUCCUGCUCCGCACCGUGAGCAGCGCCCGGCGCGUGCCCCGAGACGCCCCUGGGGGAGCCUGGUGCCCGGCGCAGGGACAAACGCACCCCCAGCGCCUGCAGCGGGGCCAAGCCAGGGACACAGCUGGGGCCAUCGCUAAGUACAGCCCCCACGUGGUCAGCUUUGCCCUGGGGCCGCACGCUGGAGGGGAGCGUGCAGGACAGGACGGGUUCCUGUCUGGGAGCACCAGCACCAGCCCAGGCCCCGGCCUCGUCCACCGCCUGGAGCCCCUCAAGGACAAGCUGAGCAUCUCCCGCAUCCACCAGGCACAGGCCCAUCUCCGGGCCCUGCUGGAGGAGGAGUGCCGGGCCCUGGAGAGACACAUCUACCACCUCCAGCGCUGCCUGGAGGAGGAACACCGGGCCGCCACGGGGCCAGUGCAGCCGGCGCAGGAGCCAACGAUGGCUGAGCUGCAGGAGCAGAGACGAGCCAUGGAGCGGGACCUGCAGCUGGGCCAGUUGGACCCCAGGCCUGGCCUCUCCCAGGGGGUCCAGCGCCCUGAGCCUGCGGCCCCCCGACAGCUCAGCUGCCCCGUCAGCGUGUCCCCCUGCCUGGCACCAGCCGCUCCGUCCCUGUUGGGCCGCAGAGAAGCAGCACCGCGAGCCCCGGGCACUGCGCUGGGCCGAGUGCCCCCCGACGAGGGCAUCUGCUGUGUGGGCGGCCUGGCUGGGGAGCUCCAUGGAGGGGCUGCGACCCCCGGCUGGGCCCCUGGCCAAGGACAGAUGGACAGUGAUGCUGAGCAGCGGGACCUGGCCACGCCAUCACCCCGGGGAGCUGGGGUCCCUCCUGCAAGCCCAGCCUGCAGCCGACUGGUGCCCCUGCCAGCAGCACCAGGGCCCAGCCUGGCCUUCCUCCCCUCGCCACCCCCAGAGCAGCGCCCGCCCCUGCGCCCCCUCUCCAGCCGCCACCUCAGGCUGCUGGGCUGCCCGGGGCCCAGCUAGUGCAGGGAGCCUCGCCCGCCCGCCCUGGGGCAUGGGGAGGGGAGCCCGGGGCAGGCUGGCACGGGGAGGGGGUCCUGCCCCAUCUCCCCCCAGCUCCAGCGCUGACUCCUGCCCUGCUGGGUCCCUGUGUCCCCGGCUCAGCCUUGCUCUGCCCCCCCCCCCCCAAUCAGCCCCCGCCGUGUCGCGGGGGGCAGCUCCUGAGCUGAGCACUGGGCCCGGCCUGCAGCGUCCCCUCCUGGCUGCCCCCUGCCAUGGUGCGUGGGGAGCUGUGCAGGGUGCACUGGCCUCGUGCUCAGGUGGGGGUGGGGGGCAGUGGGGGGCGGGCAGCUGCCUGGGCACUUCAGUGCUCCUGCCUCUGGGGAGGAUGGGCCCUUGGGGCUGGGUCUCCUGCCCCCAGGCUGGCCCCGUGCCCUCUCUGUGGGGCCCCCUGCCCUCACCCACCCUGGACCCACACA